GUAAACUGUUCAACCACAGAAUAACGUUCAACGUUCAAGUUCAUCUAAUGCAGAUUUUAGAGCUGUUAAAUAUUUAUGACAAAAGCUUACUCGUUUUUAGAUUAAAAAAAAAUUAAUUAAGUUGCUACUUGCUACAGUUAACUUGCUACCUGGCAUCUUGUAUAGAUUGUUGUUGACAUUGUACAAAUAUUAGUUUCAACGUAUUAUUAUUUCUAUAUUCACUUUAAGUUUAAUAUUUAAAAGUUUUAUAAUUAUGCUUAACUCCAAAAUGAAUUUGAUAGCAAAAAAAACAAACAUUGCAAACUCUUUCAUUAUUUUCAGAUCCUUAACACAAAAUUAUGUUAAAGAGACAGUAAAUGCUCACGAAGUAGAACAUCAUUCCAAUAUGAAAGACUAUUGGUGGGACAGCAAUGGACCACUGAAUACAUUACACUCUUUUAAUCCAUUGAGAGUUUCGUUUAUAAUAAAUGGAUUAACAAAUAUGAAAAAAAUUGAAACAAAAAACAUUGGAACUCGUCAAAGCUUAGAAAAUAUAAAAAUACUUGAUGUUGGUUGUGGUGGUGGAGUUUUAACUGAGGCAUUAGCACGUCUUGGCGGUAAUGUAACCGGAAUAGAUCCCAGUAAAGAACUAAUAACAGUCGCCAAUGAUCAUUCUGUGAUUCUUAGAAAUAAAAAUAUCAAAUAUUUCAAUGAAUCGGUUGAAGAGCAUGUAUUAUCAAACACAGAAUCAUAUGAUGCAAUUGUAACUUCAGAAGUUUUGGAGCAUGUAUCUAAUAAAUAUGGCUUUUUAACAAACUGUAUUGAUUGUUUAAAGCCUGGAGGAUCUUUGUUUAUAACAACCCCAAAUAGAACGAUUUGCUCAUGGUUAAGUGUUAAAGUUAUAGGAGAAACAUUUGAUUUUAUACCAAAAGGUACACAUGAAUGGGAAAAAUUUAUAUGUCCUCAUGAAUUGCAGUCAAUUUUAGAAAUAAAUUGUAAAUGUGAUACUAUUUCAAUUAAUGGACUAUCUUAUAAUCCUUUUACAAACCGAUGGAGUUGGACUAAUUCAACAGAUGUAUCUUAUGCCAUACACGCAGUGAAAAGUACAUAGCCUGUAGCUACUACCUAUCAUUAAUUAUUACUUUGUAUUAACCAUUAUAUUAUAUUAUGAUAAUAUUUGUAUAAAUUUAUUUGUUAUAGCACUAUUAAGUUAUAAUAUAAAUAUUCAAUUUA